UUAGAUGAUAUGCCAAAAUUUGACAAUUUCUUUAGCAGCUGUUGUAACACCUGAUGAAUAUAAAAUACUUAGUCCCUCAGGUUUCCGACGGAAGAUCGCCGUGCUCGGAAGAUACUUCACACCACAGAACAUAUAAUGCUUGCCAUGUUAUCACUUUGCAUAGGCUUCCUUUAUUCGAAACAAUAUAUUAGGCUAUUUAGCCGUAUUAGGAAUCACACGUUAAAAGGCUCGCUUUCGUCAAAUCUUCUGAUAUACCGUACCUGUUACAUUUUAUUGGGAUAUGCAGAAUCGAACUGUUCUUUGUUGGGAAACACGAACGACAAUAUCACACAGGCAUUAGAGAAACUUGUCGAACCAACAGCUCAAACCGUACGUACUGUACAAUCAACCGUAGUGUCUGUUCCUAUGGUUCUACUCUGUAUAUGUCUGGGACCGUGGUCUGAUAAAUUUGGAAGGAAACCUAUCUUGCUUCUAUAUCAAUUAGGAAGCAUAUGCAGUUUACUUAUUACGGCUUUAUUUAGUGCAAUCCCAACUGUAAGCCCUUGGUAUUUCUUAAUCGCUGCAAUUCCAUCAGUGCUAACAGGUGGAUUACCCGCGUUUUUGACGGUAGCUCUAUCGCACCUUUCAGAAACUUCAGCCCAAGAGACCAGAGGAAUGAGGAUGACAAUCUUUGAAGUUUUCAUGGCAUUCGGAAAUGUGACCGGAAACUUAGCUGGAUCAGCUUUAUUUUAUGUAACCAACUAUGAGACUGUAUUCGUUACAGCUGCGGUGUGCAAUGCAAUCGGAUUUAUCUAUACCGUUUAUUGUAUACCUGAAUCAAUUGAAAACGUGGAGACUGAGGGAAAACUUAAGGGGUUAGUCCAAACAGAAAAUUUGAAGGAAAUGAUAAAAGUCGCCAUCAAAACUCGAGGAAAUUUCAAAACACCAAAAAUAUUAAUGAUGGCAAUAAUAUCUGCAGUGAUGGUUUUUUCCUUCUCCGGUGAAGGUUCACUCAUGUUUCCUUACCUCAGGGAAAAAUUACAUUGGACAUUGACAAUGUUCAACAUAUACAGUAGUGUCAGUACUGUGAUAGGGAUCUUCACCAUCCUGGUUGUGAUCGGUAUUUUACAUAAGUGGAUGAAGGUUAGAGAAUCUAUAUUAAUUCUCAUCGGAACCUUGUCACGUCUGACUGGAUGUGUGGUGGAUGGCCUAGCUACUGAAUCCAUUCAUAUUUAUAUUGGUGCUUUCGCUAAAAGUAUCAAUGGAGUGACGAGUCCGAUGAUACGAACCCUUAUAUCAAAGUUAGUGGAGAGGGAAGAAGUUGGAAAAAUAUUUUCCAUAAUGAUGAUUUGUGAGUUCAUUGUGGGAUUAUUCGCUUCCCCCUUAUACACAUAUAUUUUCAAUAACACUAUAAAUACAAAACCAGGAUUGUUUUAUUUUGUCAGCGCGGGUUUUUAUACCUUCAACAUCUUCAUGAUUGGCAUUGUUCUGAUAUUGGAAUUUAAAAGUACUACCAACGUUUACAAUGAGAUGGAAAACGAACCAGAUUCCCAUGUCGAAAACAUAGUUGCAGUAAGCGCUUGAAGUGUAUAUACUAUACUUUUUUGUUAUAUG